AUGGGUACCCCCCAGCCCGCGGUGCCAGAGCUCCAUCCCACUGAGGGGGCUGGCAGCGUGGCAGGGAAGGCUGCAGUGGGUGCCCGGGAGAAGGGCCCUCGGCUGGGCCAGCGGCUGCCCUCGAUCGUGGUGGAGCCCAGUGAGGCCGGUGCUGUGGAGAGUGGGGAGCUACGCUGGCCCCCAGAGGGUGCCCAGAGGGGAGCCCCUCAGAGCCAGACUGGCCUUUGUGUCUCUGCAGCCCCCUCCCCAAGUUCCCCGGGAGACCCAGGGGUGACUUCAGACGACACUGCCAGCGCCGGGGACCAGUGA